AUGCCUGCGCUUCCGCCCACCCUGGCGGCAGCCGCGCCGGUGGCAUGGGGCGGCGGCAGUCUGGUGGAUGGGCGCGCGGCGUUCAGCGCGGACGGCCAGCGCCUGCUCUGCCCGUGCGGGGCCGUCGUCCGCGUCUUCGCGCUCGCCUCCGCCACCCAGGUGCGCAUCCCGCCGCCCAGGUGCGCAUCCCGCUCCGAGGUGGCGGUGCUGCAGGGCCACACGGCGCUCGUCACGUGCGUCUCCACCUCCGCCGUCGCCCGCUCGCCCGCCGCAUCCGCCGCUGCCGCUCGCGGCGCUGAUGACGACGAUGACCACAUGGGGAUCAACCCCCCUGCUGACGUGUCAGCUCCAGACUCUGCCACGUCAUCGAUGGUGUACGCGUGGAGCGGGUCGCUGGACGGAACGAUGCGGCUGUGGAACUUUGUAACGGGGGCCUCGCUAAGAGUGCUGCACCUGGGCCGACCAAUCAGAGACCUUGUGAUGUAUCCGUAUGCGAGCACGGAGAUGGUGGAGGGGGCGGGCGGGCGCGAGGAGGAGAGGGCGGUGGCGCCGGUGGCGUUGGUGGUGGUGAGCAACGAGCAGCGCGGCUGCGACCUGCUGCACUACGACGUUUUCCAAGACCGCUGCCUCAGAACGCUCUUCCACCAGCUGCUCGUGUCCUCCCCGCUGGCCAUCAGCCCAGCGACGGGGCGCCUGCUGGCGGUGGCGUCGGGGAGGAAGGUGUUCGUGGCGCACUGCACGCGCCCCGCGCACCACGCGCGCCUGCACCUGCACCACCGCCGCGCGCUCACAUGCGUCGCCAUCCACCCCGAUGACCAGCAGGUGGCAGCGGGCGACGUGUUGGGGCGCGUGGUGGUGUGGCAUGGCAUCGGCCGCCGCUCCGGCUGGGCGUGGGGGGAAGGCCGGGCCAGGGGCGCGCCAGCUGGCGGACGCGCAGGGCGAGAGGGCGGGUGGAGGGGGGGAAGAGGUCGGGGAGGGGGGAGAGGUGGGCAGGGAGGGGGCGGGGGCAGGUGGGGCGCCGGGAGAGGGGGAGGAGCAGCAGGAGCAGGAGAAGGGGAGGAGGGUGAGGGCGAGGAGGAGGGAGAGGGGCGGAGGGGAGCGGAGGGGGAGGAGGACUGUGAGGCGGUGUCAUCGCUGCACUGGCACGCCUCCGCCGUGGCGGAUCUCGCCUUCUCCCCUGACGGGGUGCACCUGGUGUCCAUAGGCGCCGAGGCCGUGGCGCUCGUCUGGCAGCUGCAGUCCGGCGCGCGCCGCUUCCUCCCCCGCAUGCCCGCCGCCCUGCUUCGCCUCGUGCUCCCGCCCUCCCUGCUCCCCCCGCUGCCUCCCCCCAACCCCUCCACACCCACUGCAGCAGCAGCAGCAGGGGGGGCAGGGGGAGCGCGGUCGCUGGUGGCACCGUUGGCAGCACCGGAGGCGUUGCGGUUUGGGAUGCAGUGUGCGGACAACAGCGUGCGAGUGGUGGACCUCAGCGAGUCGUCCCUCAUCGCCUCCAUCCGCGGCAUCGCCCCCCCGCCCCCCACACGCCCCCUCCCCGCGCGCCACUUCAUCCUCCCCCCACUCGACCCCUUUAAAUCCCCCCUCGGCCCCCUCCCCUCCUCCGCCUCUGCCACCUCCUCCUCCCUCUCCAACUGCCUCCCGGCUGACGUGGCGCGCCAGCUGGCGGUUGAGCUGGCAGUGACGGGCGGCGGUGCCCCGUCAGCAGUGGUGCAGAGUGUGAGGGGCGGGAGUGCGCGGCUGGUGGUGGUGGGGCCACUGGGGCUGGUGCAGGUGUACGAGGUGGGGAGGCAGCAGGUGGUGGCGGCGGUGCAGCUGAUGCGCAUCAACGUGGUCUCCUCCGCUGAGGCCCGCUUCAAGCGCGCCCUGAAGCUGCACGACAUGCAGCAGCGCGACCAGGCCGUGCGCCUGCUGCAGGGCGGGCAAGGCAAAGCUCAGCAGCCGCAGCCACAGCAGCAGGGGCCGAAACCCCCGCCAAUCUGGGUGAGCCACGUGUGCUUCUCCCCUGACGGCCACACGCUGGUCACUGUUGAGAUCCGCCAGCCGGAAGAUCUGGCCGGCCAGCAGUCCACCCUCAAGUUCUGGGCGGCACCGUUCGGCGGCACUCAGGGCGUGAGGCAGGGCAGUGGCAAGGGAGGCAAGGGCGGCAAGGAGGGGCUGACGGCGCUGACGACGGCGGUGGAUGCGCCGCACGGGGCGGCGGGGCUGGUGACCGGCGUGCACGUGCGGGCGGGCGGCGACAUGGUGGUCACGUGCGGCACGGACGGUGAAUUCCGCACUUGGACCCGCGUGUGGGGCGAGGGGGAGGACGAAGGGGGGGAGGAGGGAGAGAGGAAGGGUGCCAAGCAGGGGCGUGGGGGAGUGAAAGGGGGCGGGGGGCGAGGGAGAGGAGGCGUGCAGGGGUCAGGGCAAGCAAAGACGGCGCGGGAGCGCAUGGAGGAGCGGGAGGUGGGCAUCGCACCGCUGACCUUCUGCUGGCGCUGCCGUGGGGUGGGCAGCUACGCCUCGCAGCCCCUCCUUGCAGCGAGCUUCUCCUGGGAGGGUUCUCUGCUGGCCGUGGCCGCCCUGCACCGCGUCACUCUGUGGGACCCCGACCGCCACGCGCUGCUGGCCGUGCUGCACUGCGCGCCCUCUCUCAGCCCCCUGCAGGCAGGCCUGCCGUGGCACCAGCCCGUCACCGCGCUCGCCUUCCUGCCCCACUCCCCCUUCCUCCUUGCUGUCUCCGGCGCCCUCGCCCCCUCGGGGACCUACUUUACGCCGCCAGGCUCAACCGCUGCCCCCUACGCGGCUCUGUCCGUGUGGAGUCUGCUCUCUCUCUCCCUCGCCUGGUGCCUCCACCUCCGUGUGCUCUCCCUCGCCACCCACCCCUCUGCACCGCUCUUCGCCGUCAUCGUUGCUGCUCCCACCGCUGGUGGCGGUGGUGGGAGGGGCGGCGACACAGGGCAGGGCGGUGGCGUGGAGAAGGACGAGGAAGGGGGGGAGGGUGAGGAGGAGGAGCACGGGGAGGAGGUGGGACCGAAGGAAGGUAGUGUUGGGAGGAGUGGGUGGGCGAGGAGGAGUGCAGGCGAAGGCGGGGCGGUGAAGGGGGCAGUGCUGGUGUUUGAGGGCGGGGAGAGCCCUGUGCCCAUCGCAGCGUGGGAGAUGGCUGAUGUCACUGCCGCCACUGUCGCCUUCCUGCCACCCUCCUCCGCACCUGCCGGCAGCAGCAGCAGCAGCAGCAAGGAAGGGACAGCGCAGUGGUCCAUCGUGGUGGUGAGCGGUGGCAGGGAGUAUGCGGUGCUGAAUGGGGAGGAGAGCCGGCCUGCGCCAGAUGCAGCGGGUCGGGACGUGGAGCUGUCAAAUGGUGCUGCUGCUGGCAUGGCGGACGGUCAAGCUCUUUCGGCCUUUGAAAGCAUCUAUGGAGCAGCAACCACCGCAGCGGCCGUGGCAGCAGCGGCAGGGGGUUUGUCGGACAAGGGUAGAGCGGCGGGUGAAGGGAGGGGGCAAGGGGAGAUGGAGGCGGUGGAGGGGCGGCCGUGGGGCAGCCUGCUGUCAGCGCCGUCACACGUGCUGCCAUCGCUGUCCAGGCUGUCCAACGUGGCGGGCAUGCUGCAGCACUGCCGCGCGGAGCAUGGCGGGUUCGACUUGAAGCAAUUGCGAGCAGCGCAGAAGUGGGACGAGUAUCAGUGCAUCCGCGCUGUCAACUUCAUCCGUACCCACGUGGCGGCCCAUCGCUGCAUCCACUGCCUACAGUCCUUCCCCUCCCCACCUGACCUCAUUCAACACAUGGAAGCUUUGCAGCACUUUCUCCUCCCUCCUCUCCCGCUCUCCACCCCGCCCGAGCCCUCCGCCCCGGCCCCUUGGGGAGACGACGCAUACCUCAGAAGCUUCCUGGAAGGCGACCCUGUGCUGUACAGCUUGGAUGAUGACGACGAGGAGGGCAGCAGCGAGGGGGGCGCCAAGGGGGGCAGCGCUGAUGCUGCUGGCGGAGGGGGUGCGCGCGAGGCCAGUGCUGUGGUGGACGUUACCGGGUUACCACUCACUGCAGCGGCGGCAGGGGCGGCAGCGGCGGCGGCAGCAGCAGCAGAGGGGGGCGGCGUGGGGAGCGAGGAGGAGCGCUCUCUGGCGUUCCAGGAGCUGCUCUCCCUGGCGCAGGGGGAGGGUGCGCGGGGGGAGCAGGGGGAGGGGGAAGGUGCAGGGGCGGAGAGCAGUGGGAGCGGAGGUGCGGGAGUGCAGGCAGCCCGCACAGGGGGGGUGGGAGGGGGAGUAGGCAGCUCAGGUAUACCUUCAGGUGGAACUUCAGGUGGUUCUUCUGUUGGCAAGGGCAAGGAGAAGGUGGGAGAAGUUGCAGGAGCAGGGGGGGAGGUGGAGGGGUGGGAGGGUGCAGACGGGGAGGACGUGGCGCCCUCUUUGGAGCAGUACGUGACGCUGGCCAAUCAGGUGCUGCUGCUGCGACAACAGAACGCACAGCUGGCACACCAGCUGGCUGCCACGUCAGGAGGAAGGGCUCCAGAAGGCCCUUUCAGUGCCACUGCCGGUGGUGCAGGCACGGCCGCCCCACGCACGCCAUUCUCCACGCCCAUGGUCUCGCCCUCCCCCAGUACCGCCUCCCUCAUUGCCACCGCCACUGCCGCUGCCGCCAUUGCCUCUGCUGCAGCACAAGCCUCAGGCGCCAGCAACACCGCUGAAGCUGCCACCGCUGAUGGUGCUGCAGCAGGCGCGGGUGCAGGGCCUGCUGCUCCGUCGGCUGCUGCAGCAGCGUGGCAGGCGCAGAGCAUGGGAGCGCCGCGCACGCCCUUCUCCACGCCGCUGGUCUCCCCCUGCCCCAGCUACGCCUCCCUUGCCACCGCCGCCGCUGCUGCCGCUGCUGCUGCAGGCGUGGGUGAGUCGGGGGUGGGCAGUGGGAUGCACGAGGGGUCGGUGAAAGACAUGCUGCUGCAGGUGAGGCACGGCGAGCAGCAGCACAAGCAAGGCCGACCUCCCAUUCCCGUAUCCCCCCGCCCAGCCUCCACUGGCGCCCUUGCUGCUGAGAAAGCGGUGGGUGUGGUGGCUGCAAAGGCAGGUUUGGCAGGAGGGGAAGGCACGGCAGGGCUAGGAUUGGAAGGAGGAGGUUCGGGAACGGGCAGCCCGGUGGUCCCUCGGACGCCCUUCUCCACGCCGCUCGCCUCGCCCUCCCCCAGCUACGCCCUGCUGCCCCUCGAUGAGGCCCAGAGGAAGCUGGCAGCCGUUGCUGAGACGGUGGAUGGCGCCAUGGAUGGGGAGGCCGCCGCGGCUUCACCUGCAGCACCUGCUGUUGCUGGUGCGGGUGGGAAGGGGGAAGGGGAUGGGGAGGAGGGGCAGGCGGCGAGGAAGCGGCGGCAGGUGACGUUUGGGGCGGUGCGGGAGAGGCAGGUGCGCGUGAUCGACGCCAACUACUUCAGCUCCUACGCCGGCUUCGGCAUCCACCGCGAAAUGCUCUCCGAUAAGGUCCGCCCCGCUCCCUUGCCUGUGCACACCGGCUCUGUGGUAGGAGGCAGGCUGCUUCCCAUUGCCAUGCCUGCCUUGCAGGCUCGGACCACAGCCUACCAGGCAGCUUUGGAGGAGAACCCGAGCCUGAUUGAGGGAGCAACAGUGCUGGAUGUGGGCUGUGGCACAGGCAUUCUCAGCUUCCACUCCCUUCCCGGCUUGCCGCCCAUUCCCCUCAUCCCUCCUGUGCUGGGCAGUCUGUUUGCAGCGCGCGGAGGAGCAGCGAGGGUGGUGGCGGUGGAUGGCAGUCGAGAGAUUCUCACCGUGGCUCAGCAGGUGGGCGGCGCAGCAUUUGGGGUGGGGCUGCGUGGGUUCACAGGAUGGCAAGGCAGGGUGAGUGAGGUGAUGGAGGCAGAGGGGGUGCAUGCUGCAUGUGUCUACUGCACAUGCCCGUGCAUCUCCCUCUAUGCCAUUCACAUGCUUCUCUCACUCCCUCACAUCUCUUGCCGAUCGUUGCUUCUCCUCACCGCUCGCAUUCUCCUCUCUACCCCUUCUAUCCGCCACCAGAUAGCGCGCGACAACGGCUAUCUCGCGGGCGCCGAGUCCGCCCCCCCUGCUCCCAGCAGCACCUCUGCCAGCGCGCCUCAGCGCACCCCACGCCCCGUGGUGUCCUUCGUGUGCAGCAAGAUCGAGGACCUCUCCCCCGCCCCCACCGGGACCACUCAAGCACCCGCGCAGGCGGGCGCUAGCGGCGAGGGGGCGGGAGGCGGGGGAGGCGGCGGGGAGGUGGCGUUGGAGCGGGGGAGUGUGGAUGUGAUAGUGAGCGAGUGGAUGGGGUACGCGCUGCUGUACGAGUCCAUGCUGCCCUCUGUGCUGCACGCCCGUGACACCUGGCUCAAACCGGGCGGCGCCCUGCUGCCCGACACCGCCUCCAUGCACGUGGCGGGGUUCGGUGAGGGAGCAACGAGUGUGGGGUUUUGGAGGGACGUGUACGGCUUCAGCAUGGCGUCUGUGGCGCGCGAGAUAGAGGACGAGGCGGCUCGCACGCCGCUGGUACAGGAGGUGAAGGCGUGCGAUAUAGUCACGUCCACCGCCACCAUCAAGCACUUUGACCUGUGCACCGUGGCAGUGCCGGACCUCGACUUCACCUCUGAAUUCUGCAUCACUCCAACCCUCCCCACCUCCUCUGCUGCCGGGCCAGCUCCCGCUGACAGCCCUGCCGCUGCAACUCCAGCAUCCCCUGCCUCCGCCUCCCCCGCGCUGUGCUACGGGCUGGCGCUGUGGUUUGACACGGCCUUCUCCGCCCGAUUCUGCUCCGCCAAGCCAGUGCUGCUCUCCACGUCGCCCUUCUGCACGCCCACCCACUGGGCCCAAACCCUCCUCACCUUCCGCGAACCCAUUGCUCUCGCACCUGCAGCACAGUCCACGGCUGCAGUGCUGAUCGGAGAAACCCCACCACUGGGAACAGGAGCGGUGGGGUCGGAGGGUAGGCCGGCGGUGGAGGUGAGGGGGAGGGUGAGUGUGGUGCGCGCCAGCAAGCACCGCAGCAUUGACAUUUCAGUGGAGGUGGUGGCGGUGGGCGCUGAUGGGGGCAAGAAGGCAUGGCCCGCUCAGAUGUUCACCAUAUGA